AUGUUGAAAGAAUUCGAGCGUAUUGUUAGGAUUCCUAUGAAGAACAAGCCACUAUUUGAAGGGAUAGAUGAAUCUUUUCCCCUUGAUAUCAUUGGUAGCACGCUUCACAUGGAUGAAAAAGAAGUAGAGGCUAACCUGGAGACCAAAGGGAAUACCAAAGGAUUUUCGCUAAAUUUUCUCUUGGAAAGAGCUCAUACCCUAUUAAAAGCAGAAAGUUUGGACGCUUGUUACUCUGCUAUUGCGUUAGCCAUCAAUGGCAUCGUCAUAUUCCCAAAUAUGGAUGGUUUCAUAGACAUGGCUGCUAUUUGUGUUUUCCUUACUGGAAACCCAGUACCUACCUUGUUAGCUGAUGUUUACUAUUACAUGAGCCAUAAGUACACUAAGAAGAAAGGAAUGAUUGCUUGUUGUGCUCCUUUACUAUAUCAGUGGUUUCUUGAGCAUCUUCCAAAGACAGGUGCUUGGGUUGAACAGACAGAUGUUAGUUGGCCUCAAAGAUUGGGAUCACUCCGAUCUGAAGAUCUUUCUUGGUAUUCAAAAGAAUACAUCAACAUGGACAUCAUAUUCAGCUGUGGGGAUUUCCCUAAUCUACCACUUAUUGGAACUCAAGGAUGUAUGAAUGCUAACCCAGUUCUAUCACUCAGACAACUUAGCUACCCAAUGGAAGGCCCUCCAGAGGCGAGGUCUUUGGAAGCUUUCUUGUUACUUGACUUUGGGGUUGAGAAUCCUAGCUUGUCCCAACGAAUCAAAGAGGCUUAG